AUGGCUGCCGUGAAGCCCACCACCACGCGCACCGAGACUCUGCUCUCCCGAAGGCAGGUCGAGGGGCUGAUUGCAGAAGGGAGGGCCAUUAUAAUUGUGGACCAGAAGGUGCUGAAGGUUGAUUCAUGGCUGAAAUACCACCCGGGAGGGGACAAGGCUAUCAGGCACAUGGUUGGCCGUGAUGCCACCGACGAAGUUAAUGCUCUACACUCUCCAGAAGCGCGGAAACAAAUGGACAGAUAUCGGAUUGGUAGGGUUGAGGGCCACUGGGCCAACUUCGUGCCGCCUAUACAGGGUGGUGAAUUUCGGCCAUACAUUAUCGACGCAUUAGACCAGGAGAACGAGGAAGACAUUGCGGAGGCAUAUCCUCACAGUCACACCGGCUCAAGGAGCCCCUCGCCAGUGUUUGAUACGGAAGCUUCGAUUCUUCGCCCCCGCGUGGCAUCUAGGUAUAACGACGUUUCCUCUUCAGCAUCGUCAGUGUCAUCCGUUACGGAGCCCGACGAUGGCAUGUCAUGGCUGGACGUACGAACCAAGGAACAUAUCGACCUAGAUCUCGCCAAGUACCCAUCGUUGGACCCAGCUACACAAGACGAAGUGGUUCGAAAGUAUCGUCUACUAGAGCAACGCAUCCGGGCGGAAGGCUUGUAUGAUUGCAAUUAUUCAGCAUACGCAAUUGAGACCUGCCGUUACACAUUUCUCGCCUGUAUGACGCUGCUUUGCCUGCGCUGGGGCUGGUAUGCAACAAGUGGGAUGUUCCUAGGCUGUUUAUGGCAUCAGCUUGUAUUUACGGUCCAUGAUGCGGGGCACAUGGGUAUUACCCACAACUUCACCAUUGAUUCAACGAUCGGAAUCGUUAUUGCUAAUUUCAUGGGGGGAUUAUCGGUCGGGUGGUGGAAACGAAAUCACAAUGUCCAUCACAUUGUUACAAAUUCUCCGGAGCAUGAUCCUGAUAUCGAGCACCUGCCUUUUCUCGCCAUUUCGCACAGGUUUCUCGAAUCGUUAACUUCUUCCUUUUACGAGCGAGUUAUGGCCUAUGACGCCUUUGCCAAACUAGUCAUUCCCUACCAACAUUAUCUAUACUAUCCUAUCCUCACCUUUGGUCGAUUUAAUCUUUACCGUCUAUCUUGGGAACAUCUCAUUCUUGGCCUAGGACCGAGAAAGGGGCGUGCAUGGUGGCAUCGUUGGCUGGAGAUUGUUGGACAAGUCUUCUUCUGGUAUUGGUUUGGUUAUGGUAUCAUGUACAAGACGAUUCCGACGGCUUCGGCGCGGAUUGCGUUUCUGAUGGUUAGCCACAUGGUGACGAUGCCCUUACAUGCACAGAUCACGCUGUCUCAUUUCGCGAUGAGCACAUCCGAGCUGGGGCCCCGCGAAUCUUUCCCACAGAAGAUGCUGAGAACAACAAUGGAUAUCGACUGCCCCCAAUGGCUUGACUUUUUCCACGGAGGUCUGCAGUUCCAGGCCGUCCACCACUUAUUUCCCAGGAUGCCAAGGCACAACCUUCGACGGACCCAGAAACUAGUGCAGGAGUUCUGCGAUGAAGUGGAGAUUCCCUAUGCGCUCUACGGCUUUGUGGAAGGUAGCCAACAAGUCAUUGGUACGCUCGAGGAAGUUGGGAGGCAAGCAGCAGUCCUUGCGAAAUGCCAAAGGGCACUGGCACAGAAAGGCGAUAUCCUUCACGGGCAUUGA